AUGGGUUGCUCUAAAGGACCUUGGAGACAGUCCUUUCAGAUGGAUGUUCAUGUUUCUGACCUUGCACUACCCCAGUGUAGGCUCCAAACAGGCAUGCGAGGUGCCUUUGGAAAGCCCCAGGGCACUGUGGCCAGGGUUCACAUUGGCCAAGUUAUCAUGUCCAUCCACACCAAGCUGCAGAACAAGGAGCACGUGAUUGAGGCCCUGCGCAGGGCCAAGUUCAAGUUUCCUGGCCACCAGAAGAUCCACAUCUCAAAGAAGUGGGGCUUCACCAAAUUCAAUGCCAAUGAAUUUGAAGACAUGGUGGCUGAGAAGCAGCUUAUCCCAGAUGGCUGUGGGGUCAAGUACCUUCCCAGUCGUGGCCCUCUGGACAAGUGGCGGGCCCUGCAUUCAUGA